AAAAAAAAUAAUAGAGUGGAUUGAAUAUGAUAAAUUUGAAGAUGUUGAAUAUUUAGCAAAAGGGGGAUUUGGAACUACUUUUAAAGCAGUUUGGAAAGAUGGUCCUUUUAGAGAUUAUAAUAUUCAAGGGGAAAGAAAAGGUGAAACAAAAGUCGCUUUAAAAUGUUUACAUAAUUCACAAGAUAUUACAGCAGAAUUUUUAAAAGAAGUUGAAUCAAAUAUUUUAGCACUUGAUGAUGAUGAUUGGAUAGUUCGUUGUUUUGGUAUUACCAAAGAUCCAAAAACAAAUAACUUUUUGAUGGUAAUGGAAUUAAAAAAUGGUAGUUUAAGACAACAUUUAAACAACAACUUCAUUUCACUGAAUUGGGAGAGUAAGUUGUUUAAUUUACAAUGUAUUGCAUGUGGUCUUAAAGAUAUUCAUAAUAAAGGAUUAAUUCAUCAUGAUUUUCAUUGUGGGAAUAUAUUAAGCGAUUUUAAAGAAGAUGCUUAUGUUACUGAUUUGGGAUUAUGUCAACCUGCUAAUGUCAAAUCCUCUCAAAAUAGUAAUAAAAAAAUAUAUGGUGUAUUACCUUAUGUAGCUCCUGAAGUUUUAAGAGGAAAUGAAUAUACUCAAAAAAGUGAUAUUUAUGGAUUUGGAAUCAUUGCAUAUGAAAUUUGUACAGGUCUCCCUCCUUAUUAUAAUAUAGCUCAUGAUGAAUUCUUAGCAAUGAAAAUUUGUAAGGGAUUGAGGCCAACGUCUAAUUAUAAAAUUCCUCAAUUGAUUUUUGACAUUAUUAAUCAAUGUUGGGAUGCAGACCCUUUAAAAAGACCUAAUGCAGAAGAAGUACGUGAGUCAACAUUGAAGUUAUAUAAAAAUAGUUAUGACAAUGAAGUGAAUUCUGUAAUUUAUGGGCAAGUUAAAGAAGCAGAUGAAAAGAAUAAAGAGUCAUCUUUAACAAUUCAAUCACCAUUAUCAUCUACAAGUACGCUCUCAUAUAUGACACAUCCUCAUGCAGUUUACACAAGCAGACUUUUAGAUUUUAAAAAUCUUCCAGAACCAAAAAAUUCUGAUAAUAAUGAUUUACUUGGAGUAGAAUAUUCAGGUAAACAUAUAUAGUUUUCUAUAAUAAUUUAAAUUAAUUUUAUAAUUCUGACAACUAAUAUUUAUAGAUUCCUUAAAAAUGGAUUUUACUAAACUUGAUAUUAAUCCUAAAGAUGAAAGAAAUUAAAACACAUUUAACUUUAAAUGAAAAUAUUUUGUAUAUGAAAAAACAUAUCAAAUAUAAUUUUAUUUUGAACUUAAGGAUAGUCUUUAAUAUUAUUCUGGGAUAUUUGAUGAAAAUAUAGUAAGACUGAUAAUUUAUCAAUUAUUCAUAUCCGAAAGAUUGUAGAUUAGCGUUGUAAUAAAAUUAAAAAAAU